AUGGUCAAGAUACACACAAGAUUGAUGAAUCCCAAAGUUCCUACUGAGUCCACAGAGGAUUCGAGCACUCUUGCUCGCACCCUGCUGGUGUGCAAAUAUCUUACUAAACUCGAUCUAACACCAAAACAAUUUAUGGUUACAUUUUUGUCUAACACCGAUAAAGAGUUGAUAUCUCGACGUCGGCUCAUGAAAACAGGCCUGGCAUUCCUGCAAACUCGCUCCAUCGUUCGUAAUUUGGGCAAGAUGUCCAGGUCGUGCGAAAAAGGGCGAGCGGACUGGGAGAACUUGAUUUUGGAAGAGGAAGUCCCUCGCGGACAUUUCCCUGGGGGUGCAUACGUCAGUUCCAAAAGAAUCACUCCGGACUACUUCAGCAAAACCGCAGAAACCCUGCGGGAAAAUCAGGUGGUCACCGGAAUGUCAUUCCUACACUCACUCAUUUGGGGGAAGCUGGCUUUUAGUUUGAAUAAACUAAACCUUCACAACGAGGUCGAUGUGGACGACGAAACUGUGCCGCAUGAUCUUUCUCAAGAGUUGACAGAGUCUCCUGACUCUGCGAUCGAUGACGAAGCCACGGUCAUGUCGAUGGAAAACCUGGUUUAUGUCAAGGCGUCGAAAACAGACCAAGACACUCACAAAAUAACCAAGGCUGUCAGCCUUGCCGCGUUUUUAGAUGCGAUGGCGGCAGCGGACCGCAAAGCCGUAUCUCUUUCGUUGUUUGCACCUAGCGUAGAUGAAGCUGAACAUUGGGUCAAGGUAGUGAAGGCUCAAAUCUCAAAAGCUUUGAAAGAAUACGCGGCUUACAUCCCUGGUGCGCCGGACCCCCGAAAACUACCAUCACUUACUACGCGACCACCCUCAGUAGACCCUAUUCCGAUGCACCAACCAAACCUUCAUUUCCUACAAAUGAUGGAUGCCCCGGAUUCUUCAGCUGAAGGGGUAUCAUGUGUCAUUGAUGCAGUAAUAGCGCAGAUCGGUUUGGACAAGAGCAAAUAUGCUCAGAGUCUAUUGGUUGCCAGUGGCGAUGUCGGAUCGAACCAGUUGACUUCAACACAAUCAUGCGAUCCGCGCGCAUCCUUCAUCAAGGCAACCUAUCCCAUAUAA